UUUUUAUCUUUUUUUAUGAUUCUAUUAGAUAUCUUAUAGAAAAACAACAUGUUUGGUAUUUUCUUUCUUUUUUUUUUUUUUCUUUUGAUUAAGACUCGAGUAUAUAUCGCAAUCUAUCUCGCGCAAUAACAUAAGGAAAGUUGCGACGUAUUAAUUCGAGAAAGUCGAUUAGAUAUAAUUUAAUGAAAAAAAAUUCAAUAAAAUUAUUAUUAUUAUUCACUGUUAUUUCCCAUUUUGGAUGUUUAUAUCGUACGUACACCUACAGAUUUCAUCAAGAAGGUGGCCCUGAAGAAAUGGGUUAAAGACCGCGAGCCUUUCCCAAUAUAAUUUUACAUGUUCUUUCGAGACACUCGGUCGCUUCGCGAAUUUCCCCUUCUAUCAAGCUCCGCAAAGAUAAAUCUAUGAAAAAUUUAUGUAUACGGUGCACCAUACAACCAGCAAAUCCCUCUCGUUGUCCACGUGAUUCGCACGUCCUUCUACUCAUUAUUGUUUUCGUAAUAUAUGCUGCUGUACACGUGAACACGUACAUACAUAUUGGAUAUUUGGCGAGUCGGAUCGCUGUUUGAUUUUUCAAAAUAAUAAAUUUUUCAAGAUAAAAAAAAAAAAAUUAAUCCAAGUAAAUUCAUCCGAAAAAUAUUUUUAUUUUUUUUACAAUCGAAAUUGAUUUCAUUUAUUUAGAGAUCAUAUAAAUUUCAUUGUUCAAAAUAACGUAUGAUCGUGGUAAGAAUAGUUCUAUUCUCGAAGUUGGAACGCGAGGUUCGAACGAAAGGUUUCCUCCAUUAGAAUCACGCCAUGAGCCUCGGUAUUGCCCAUCGACUGAACGUUUCGAGUGUGAAUAGGUCAUCGUCCAACAAUAUAUGUAUACUUCGUAUCAUACCGUCAUAUUGUGUGUGCCGAGCAUUUAACAGACGGUGCUGUGCUUUCUAGACGCGUUAGCAACCCUUAAAUUGUUCGCUUUGUCACCAGCAAUAUACCGACACAGAAAACAGACAACGUCGAGAAGAUACGAUCGACCGACCCGCAAGGCAAGCGUGCCCAGCCUUUAGUCGUGUACCGGCCACCGCGCACUGCACGUCGCGAGGUGUUUGUAUCCGGAGGACGAGACUUCUGCUUCGUUCCGCUGACAGAAAGGGGGAGAGAGAAAGAGAGAGAGAAAUUAACCUAACAAACGAAAGAAACAAAGAAAGAGGCGUUCUCGUUCGAGUUCUUUCAAAAUUUUUAUUCAAUUUUGAUCCAUCUGGUUAAUUUAUCGAGGCUUCAGAAUCGAAUUUAAAACAGAGGAAGAAAAAGUCGAAAGUCAAAGAAUAACGUAAAAUGGUGGCCAAGUACGAGAUCCUCGCUUCGAGUUGACGAGGAUUCCUUUUAGAAAAGAUCAAAUUGACUAAAGCGUUAAUUAAAGAGAAAAGGGAGGAAUAGAUAAAUAUACGUUGUAUCGUUGAUACGAGAGGCAUAAAAACCAGCUAUGGAUCCUUACUCGUUAAGUGUUGAACGCGAGGCGUCGAAGAAUAUCGAGGAAAAUGAAAGAGAAUGCUUCAAAGAUGCGAUCGUGUCGAGCAGAAGUCUCAACAAAGGCUUUGUCGAGCCUACCAACAUUAAAAAUGCCAUACCCGAGAUCUCUUCCUGUAUCAUUGCCGCGUCUUUCCACAUAUCGGUAGGAUUAGCCAUGGCGUAUUCGGCUAUAUUGAUUCCUCAUCUCGAGGACCAAGACGCGGAAUUGCACGCCACCCAAGAGCAGACUUCCUGGAUCGCUAGCGUGGUCGUAGUUUGCACGCCUUUGGGCGCCGUGCUAGGAGGAUUUUUAAUGGAGACGGUGGGAAGGUUGCGGACCCUUCAAUACGGAGCCAUACCUUUCGUUGCAAGCUGGAUUCUUAUAGCACUUUCGACCAAUAUCCCGAUGGUUUUAGUUGGUCGAUUGUUAGCAGGGUUAGCCACGGCUAUGGCAACAUCACCAGCGAUUGUUUACAUCACCGAGGUCGCGCGCCCGGAACUCAGAGGCUCGAUGAUAUCUUUCGGCCCAACUUUGGCCUCGUUUGGCAUGGUGCUUUCGUACUUAAAAGGUGCAUAUAUUGACUGGAGAAUUGUGGCCUGGCUCAGCAUCGUUUAUGCGGUUGUGCCAGUUAUUUUGGUACAGUUUUUCGUCCCGGAAUCGCCUGUAUGGCUCGUUUCGAAAGGACGGUUAGAUGAUGCGAAGAAAUCUUUGGAAUGGUUGUACAAACGUGAGGAAAAACAAGGAAAAGUGUCUGCCGCGGAGGCACAAUUUAUCACAAUCUUAAAAGAAAACGAGAUUAAAUUAAGCGAGCAAAGAAAAAGUAAACAUGGCGGUAUUUCUACUAAGCUGAGAGGAUUUUUGAAACCAACAGGAUGGAAACCAAUGAUGAUACUCUUCCUAUUCUUCUCCUUUCAACAAUUUUCUGGCAUCUAUAUUACUCUUUUCUACGCUGUUACAUGGUUCCAAGAAGUUGGUUCCGGUGUGGAUGCAUAUAUAGCCUCGAUUCUAGUCGGUGUAACUCGUUUUCUAUGUUCGAUGGUGAAUACCUGGUUGUUAAGACGAUAUAAGAGGCGGCUUCUAUGUAUAAUUUCAUCCUUGGGAAUGACUCUUUGUAUGGGUGUUUCUGGUUACUUCACUUAUCUUAUUAAGAAUGGCGAUCGUUCCGGGAAUUGGGUUCCUGUUUUAUGCCUGUUACUUUACGUUUGCACGUCUAUGGUCGGUAUGUUGACUAUUCCAUGGACUAUGACGGCCGAAUUGUUCCCAACCGAGAUCCGAGGAAUCGCCCAUUCCAUUAGUUAUUCCAUAGCCAAUUUACUCAUGUUUUCUGCUCUGCAGAGUUACAGAAGUUUACAAGAUUUUCUGGGUGGAUCUCAUACCGUGCAAUGGUUUUUCGCUGGCGUUUCGUUAGCAGCCGUCGUUUUCGUAUGGCUGUUACUUCCAGAGACUCAUGGUAAAAAACUCUCCGAGAUCGAGGAGUAUUUCCAAAAUCAUUUCCUAGCUGUGGGAGCUGAAGCAAAGACAAGGAAACGAAGAAGACAAAGAAGAGCGCAGCGAAACGCCAAAUCGUCCGCUACGCAACCAUUGAAUCCUAAAACUAUACAAAACGUGUAAAUUUUUCUUCCAUGAGGCUGGAAUCGUAAGAUACAAAGAAUUCCUAGCCAGAGCGUACGUAUAACGUAUACUCUAUACAUGACACACAAAUUAUCUUUUAGUUCAAAGUUGUUACCCUUGUAAAAGAUAAAAUACGCGCCCAAAUUUUUAUAAAUUAUAUCGAUUUACUUUAAUAUUGUUAAGAUUGUUAGCAUUUCGAAAAGUUAAAAGCGAGAGGCAGGAAAAGGAAUCGAAAGUAUGUAUGAAAAAGGACGAAAGGAAGGAGAGAAAAAGAGAGUGUGUGUGAGAGAGAAAGAUAGGAAUGUUACGAUUACGAAACUGUGUAGUUUCAUACUUAAAUAACUUGCUUUCACUUAAAUAAUCGCAAGAAAAAAAAAAUAUGAACUGAGGAAAAAAUUGAGGAUUCUCAAUAUCGAAGGUAAUUCUCAUUGAUUAUAUAUAUAUUAUAUAUUACAAAAUCAGACUUCGUUUAUUACUAAUUUUGAAGGAAAAUUUUAAAAACGAAUAUUCAAAGAAUGAUACAAGCAAAAUGAAUUCGCAGAUUUCUGCAAUCGUUGAAUUACAUUUAUUUUGCGAUAUAGCCUCAAGAUCCAAAUGCUUGCACGUGUGAAUUAGUAUAUAAAUGCGUAUACAGCAGGAAAGAUAAUUAAUAAUACGCACGGCACGCAAUGUGAUAUUGCCAAGAAAACUAGAUGGAAAUUUGUACCAAAAAUUAGCAAACGAUUUUAGGCGAGAUAUAAAACAGUAUUAUACAGUUGAUUUGAUACAGCCUUCCAUAUAAAAUAUGGAUGACCGUAGAAGAUGACGAUAAAAAGAUUUUUGUCGAGAAAUGCUGAGUAUGUGCCUAAGAUAAUCUUUUUUCUAUUGUACAUUGUCUCGCGAAACAUCUAUACGUUUGCCGUUUUCAGGCAGGCAUAGCAUUCCUUUUGGAAAUCAACUUGUUAACAACAAUGCUGUGAUUAAAUAAUAUUUACAAAGAAAAUUCAUAUAACGUGAAGUGCAGUAUUCCGUUUUGCCUGCGAAGCGUACCAUUUAAAAAAUAAAUAGUAUCAAAGCGCAGGCGCUGCGUAAAUCACUAACGCCAUCUAUCGAUUCGUUCAAAUUUAUGGAUUUUUUUUAGUGACAUCCAUCGUCUAUCUAUUAUUUUUAAACUAUAGAUAGAUCUAAUAUUACGAUCGUCACUUUUUGUACGACUUUUUUGUCACGUUUAAUGUUUGUGCUGAUAUAUACAUCAUUUUUUAUGAUAUUUUUAUACCGAAUCGUGUUUUCUUCUAAUGGUUUAAAACAAAUCGUGAACCAAACGUAUAAAUGUACUUUUUACAAGUUCAUUGACCGCCGUCGUACUUUUAUUAAAUGUGAUAGUCGUAAUCAAUGGACCAGAUCGAACGUCCGAUGUAUCUUAAAGUGCCGAAUAGAUGCUCGAUAAUAAUUAUACGAAAUCGAUCAAAUUGAUCAAUUGAUUGAUUUUUAUCAUCGAAAUUCAGCUUGUCCAUUCUUAGAAAAAAAAAAUUACUACAAAUUAUUAAAGAUACAAUCAAAUUCUCGAUGAAAGUUAUCGUGAUAAUGAUAAGACGAAAAGAUAAGCUAUUAAUCUCAUAUUAAAAAACACGUAUAUUGUGCGUUAGUUUCAUUUAGAAAAAAAUUUUGAAAUAUUAUAUAUAUAUAUAUAUCGAGAUUGGUUCGACAAGUGCCUUUCUUUUUUGUCGAUUUAUUUUGUAAUAUAGGUAUGCGUGAAUAUACGAACAGAGUAGAGUUUAUGCGAAUGUACUUUGUAUCGUAUUAUAUAUACAUAUAGUAUGCUUGUAUUCUUCGGUUAUACAUAUAUGUGUACAUACAUAUAUACUUACAUCUAUAUGUACCAUUAUAAUAUUUCGUAGAAUGUUUCUAAUAAAAUCGUAUUUUUGGAAACCACAAAAAA